UAUUCGAGUUCUUCUUGGAGAACAACAUCAUGCUCUACUUGCACCGCGUGCUGCAGCAGCCUGCGAAUCGUACUGGCGACGUGGCUAAGCAAGUGCUGCAGACCCUCAGCAUCAUCAUACAGAACAUACGCAGCGAGACGGGCACGUACUUCCUGUUCAGCAAUAACCACAUCAACAACAUAGUCGAGAUCAGGUUCGACUUCGAGGAUGAGGAGGUCUUGGGCUACUACAUCUCCUUCUUGAAGACCAUCAGUCUUAAGCUGAAUGCGGGCACUGUCCAGUUCUUCUUCGAUGGGCGUGACAGCGAGUACACAUUUCCCCUGUACUCCGAGGCUGUCAAGUUCGCCCACCACAAGGAGGGCAUGGUCCGCGCUGGCGUCCGCACGUUAACGCUCAACGUGUACUCUGUGCCAGACCCGUACAUUCAGGAGUACGUGUGCCGCCCGCCCGCAACAUCCUAUGUUGCAGAGAUGGUGGGCUAUAUUGCAGACCAGGUCAAGAUCCUAGACAAGCGCAUGGCCACAGCCGAGGGCUUCAGCGCGCAGGUGCUGUCGUCGCUGGACUCCCAGCUGGCGGAGGUGGAGGACAUGGUGUCGUACGUAGCCGACAUUCUCACAACCGCCCCUCCGAGGCUGGCGCACCUGGUGGCGCAGCAGCUGUGGGUGGGUCUGGUGGGGCCAUGCCUGCUGCGGCCGCUGCUUGGCGGCAAAGGAGCAAAGCCUGAGACCUCAGGCUCCCGGGGUAGUGGUGGAGGCAGCGGACUGCCCAACUCUCCCCGCGGCCAAAUGCCUCCGGUCCGUGCCGCUUGUAGCCUGUACUGCCUGGAGCGGCUGUUCAUGUUAAUCACAUACCCGCCGCUCUUGCACAAUUUGGCGUUAGCUCUGUUGGACCCACGGGUCGGCCACCCCAGCUGCCGGUCUGCGGUGGAGGCGCUGCUGCGCUCGCAGGAGCACCACAGUGUGUCCGCGGCGCUCCGCUGCCUGGUGGCGCUGGUGCACAACCGUCACAUGGCGCCGGAGGUGAUGGCGCUGCUGGGCCUGGUGCCCAGGCAGCGCGCCGCGGACUUGCACAGAGCUUGCUCAGCCAGGGACUGCGCGGCAUGUCGGCUUCGCGAACAGCUCCCGCCGCUGCCGCAGGGCUGCAUGGUCCCGGGCAUGCCGCCGGACCCGCUGGCGGAGCAGCCGCUGCCGGUGGCUACAUCCGCGGCAGCAGGAGGCGGCGGAGGCAGCGAGAUGGUGUUCGCGUACCAUGUGAUCUGGACGCGCAUGGAGGACCCUGCUCGGAGACCGCUAGCGCCGCAGGAGCGGGUUGGGAGCAGCGGCAUUGACAGCGAUGGUGUGAGCAGGUCGUCUGGCGACGCACCUGGGGAGGCGGGGUUGUUGGGUGGCGGUGAGGAAAGGCAGGAGCGAGGCACGGGGGGCAUGGACGCCAGCACUGCCGAGGCGCAGGCUGGCCCCGCCUCCAGCGACUCCCUGCCUGCGGUGAUCCCGUUCACGUCCGCAACACAACUCGAGUACAGUGUGGCUGCGCCUGGGCGGGGCAGCGGCGGGGAGGACGCGGGUACUAGCGGCGCGGACCUCCUGAGCGCUGGGGAGUCUGGUGGGGUCCUUCAGCCGCAACCCUCGGAGCCGCAGUCGCAGGGACCGCAGGAGGCGGACUUGUUGGGGCUGGGUGACCUCGCGACGGCUCCCAGUGGGGGUGCUGACACCAUUCCGGCGAAUGCUGCAACCAACACGGACGCCCCGAUGCAGUCAGAUGCGAGCAGGUCGGCAGUUGCCCCGGUCGAUGUCACAGUCGACCUCCUUGACAUGCGGCUCGAAGCCGUGCCCGGGGAACCAGAAACGCAGCCCUCUAUACCCGCCGGCGACCUUUCAGCUGCCGCAAAUGCUGAAGCAGCGUCCCCGCCGGGCGCGGUAACUGGGCCUCCUGCUGAUGCUAUUGUGACAGACGACGGUGCUGAUGCACAAUCUGCAUCUGUGCCAGUGGAUGAGCUCAGUGCCGCAUUCGCUGACUCGUUGACGGUGGCAGAAUCCGCAACAACCGAGGCUCCUUCGUCGUCGGUCAGCCCUGCAGUUGCCGAAAUGGCCGCAGCGCCCAUCCCAGCCACCGCAAGCAAAGAGGCUGAGGGGGGCCCGCUGUCGAGCCUUCUCGACAUGUUGCCGCAGGCAGCGGCAGCAGCUGCUGCCGUUGCUGCCACGGCGCUCGCCUCCACUUCAGCAGCGCUUGGGGACCCCCUCGGUGCCUCCAACCCCGUGGCUGCGCAGCCAACUGGGCCCUCCAGCAGCGACCUGGCCUCCAUCAGCGCUCCUGACUCCAGCACCGCUACCGCCACAACUCAGCUGUCGGAGGGCGUUACGGCACCGUCCCAGCCUGCGUCCGGAGCCGCAGCAGCACCGCAUGCCCCUCCAGAUGCUCCAGCAGCGGACCCCCCUCCAGCCCCGGUCCCUGAGCCCGUUGUGGGGCCCCCCUGCACGCUGCACGUCCGGCCCGCCGCACUGGCCUCCAGCUCCGACCUGCUGGAUGCGCUGUUCUCGCUGCUGUCCACGUCGCUGCUACCGGUGUCAGGGCUGUGGAACGUGGGGCUGCUGCUCGCACAGCUCUAUCCGCGCGCAGAGGAACGGCGCCAACUGGAGGACCUGCUCCGGCGGCAGCAGGAGCAGCAGCAGCAGGAUGGGCUGCAAACCACGUCCUCCGGCAGCCCCGCAGACCAGACCGCAGACCUGCUAGGCGUCGGCGAACAAGCCGAGGGUGUCCUGGCGGCGGCUGCGGCUCCUGACUCUACUCCCGAUCAUGCGGCGCCACCAGCUCCUCCCGCACCCUCACUGCCUGAGCCGCCGGCCGCGCCGCACCCCCUGGACCCCUCCAGCACUGCCGGCUGGGCUUGCCAGCUGAGCGCCGCGCAGCGGGAGGCGCUGCGGGUGGCCGCCGUGUCGGCUGCCAGCGCUGUGUUGGACGAGGUUGGCGGCAUGUGGUGCGACGCGCUGAUGGCGAUGAUGGCGCUGGAGUGGCCGGCGGCGCACGACGCGGUGACGCGGCCCUCGCUGCGGGCGAGUGCGGAGCAGCUGAUGGCGGGGCCGCACCUGUACCCGCGACAGCACGCCAGGGCGCUGAGCGGCACCAGCCGCAACGACCAGGGCCUGAGCGGCUCCGCGGUUGCCGCGCUGCACAGCUACCACGCGGUGUCGCGGCUGGUGGCGCUGCUGCACCUGCACCAGCUGCUGCAGCGGGGGGCCACCGGGCGCAAGCCGCCGCCCACCUGCCCCGUGCCGCAGAGCGGGGACGUAGAGGGGCGGGAAUGGGACGUGCAGGAGGGACAGGAGGUGGAGCUGGAGGCUAGCUCCGCUAUUCCCUGCAUCGUUUCCUUCGCUCCGGGCCAGGAGCGGCGCGUGUACUUCGCCGCUGCGGGUCCAGCGCUACGCCGCGUCACCGAGUACCUGCACGACCCCCAGAUGCUGCUGGCCGACCCCGCCGCGCAGGCCAUCGUGCUGCACAGCUCCCCCGCGGUGGUGCUCGCCGACCCCGCGCCCACGCGGCUUAACGCGGGCGUCGUGCUCUCCGUGUCGCCCCUCCUAGGCAGCGAGCCCGGCGUCGACAAGAACGUGGCCAAAUGGCUGCACGUGCACGUGCGCCCCUCGGUGCGCGGGCUGCUGCGGCUGCUGCGCUCCGCCGCGGCGGGCCGCAAGGGCGGGCUGCUGGCGGCGCUGCGGCACCUGGCGGACGGGCACUGGGUGCUGGCCUUCCCGGACGCGGAGCGCGCCGCCAGCGCCAAGCAGCUGGUGGAACAGUCGGCGCACCGCCUGCGGGCGCUGUACUGCGAGUUGCUGAGCCCCGUGCUGGGGGAGGUGAUGGAGUAGUAGUGGGGGCACAUGACGACAUGAGGUGGGCAGGAGGGCGGUCGGGGGGCUGCUGGUGGAGAUGCCUUGAAGACAGCGACAGAAAAGACAAGAGACAACAGACGGCUUUGACAGAGAGGGAUGCAGACAGGGGCGUGUGGGAGAAGGGUUAAGGGACUGCGCGGGGCUCGGAAGGCUGGUGGGCAGGGAAAGGAUGGGUGGUAGGCGUGUUUCAGCAGGAGCAUGAGUUUCCGGUUCGCUGCGGGGUUGGUACGUGUAAUAACCAGGGUUAGUUCAGCAAUGCAGCUGGGAUUCCGCUUGAUCAAGGGCGCUACGCCGCUUCCUAGGAGGAAGCAGAAGCAGAGUCAACGCCAUAGCCAGGAUGCGCGGGCCGGGCUUGACUGCAGGGGGCUCAGAGUCGUGCUGGGGCAGCUGGCUCUUUAUGUCGGCCAUGCAAUGGGUGCAUACUGCUCAGGAACGUAAGUACGUAACGCUUGUACCGUAGCUUGUCGGUCGUAAUUUAUUCGGUGGUUGACUCUUGGAGGACAGGCGCUUAUGCGGUAUGUCUCCUCCUCCGUCAUUUCGUCGAUGCGAAAGCGUACUCCUGUAGCGACAAGGCCAUUCGUAUCAGGCAUGCUGUCCAAUGUAGCUCCAGAUGUAACAUCAUGAC